AUGGUUAGAUUGCCAACAGUCUGCAACAAAGUCGCCUUCUUGAAGCCCAGUGAAUCAAGCUCCACGCCUCCUUCUGAGCCAAAACGCAGACAAGCAUCUCGUGCACGUGAUGAUAUACUCGAGCGCGUGACCUUAUAUCACAGUUCAUACUUUAAUACGAGAACGUCUCACCUCGUGAAACGGCACCACGCAAACCCUUUGGUGAAAAAUUUUGAUGCCAGUGGGAAGCCUGGGCAUCGGCCGGGGCAGGUUCACGGUCUACUCGCACGUUCAAGUUACACAUUUGUUGAAAACAGGCCGUACUCUUGCUACAGUCCCCAAGAACCAUCAAGUAUACCGCCAAAGAUGUCUGCCAAAGCCCAGAACCCUAUGCGUGAAUUGAAGAUCGAGAAGUUGGUGUUGAACAUCUCGGUCGGUGAGUCUGGUGACAGAUUGACCAGAGCCUCCAAGGUUUUGGAGCAGCUGUCCGGUCAGACCCCAGUCCACUCCAAGGCUAGAUACACCGUCAGAACCUUCGGUAUCAGAAGAAACGAAAAGAUCGCCGUCCACGUCACCGUCAGAGGUCCAAAGGCCGAGGAGAUCUUGGAGAGAGGUCUAAAGGUCAAGGAGUACCAAUUGAGAGAGAGAAACUUCUCUGAGACCGGUAACUUCGGUUUCGGUAUCCAGGAGCACAUUGACUUGGGUAUCAAGUACGACCCUAACAUCGGUAUCUACGGUAUGGACUUCUACAUCGUCAUGGGCAGACCAGGUAACAGAAUUACCAGAAGAAAGAGAUGCAGAGCCACCGUCGGUAACAACCACAAGACUUCCAAGGAGGACACCAUCGCUUGGUUCAAGCAGAGAUACGACGCCGACGUCGUUGACAAAUAA